AGCCUUUUCUACUCCGUGUGUCCACUCCGCCUACCAGUGGACCUAUAACAUCAAUAAAAGGUGGUAAUAGACCUUUUAAAUUUGGUGAUGUUGUAACUCAUAUUUGUACAGUAAUCGGAGGAUUUCCCAGACCGAAACUAAGCUGGAACUGUUUGAAUCCUUUCGCUUCGAGAAAAGAAUAUUAUGACGACAAAACAAAAAGAAACAUACUUGAGAUACAAAUUAAUAUUUCAAAGAACGUCCCCGUCUAUAACUGUACAUGCGUUGCUGGACACGAAACAUGGAGUGGACAAUUGGAUAAGAUAUCAAAACCUGUGCUCAUCCAAAGUCCACCAUCAGAACCGUACAAUGUGAGUAUGAGAGAUAUUACGAGUUAUGGAUUUACAGCCACGUUUUCUCCUGGUUACAAUGGUGGAAACGAACAGACAUUCUGUAUCAGUCAUUGGCCUUCAAAUGAUACCAAACGAACGAGAACUGUAAAGUCAAAGAAAGAACCCUUCAAAGUGGAUUAUAUGUUUUCAUCGACGGACUAUCAAUUCAUAUUGUAUGCCGAAAACGAUAUUGGGAGAAGUUUAGACUCUCAGAAAGACCCUUUGACGAUACGGACGACAAUAGGCGAAGCUAGGGAUGGAAGUCAUAAGCUGAUCUAUAUUGUUUAUUUUGUUGCCCCGCUGUGUUUACUGCUGAUACUGACAGCUUUCAUAACAGCAAUUGUUUUCUGCUAUAAACAACAAUCCUUUACACCAGAAGUACCUCCAUACAUACCACCAAGAGCAACACUCAAUACAGACCGAGCAGUUUACACAGACAGAGCCGUGUUUAGGAGAAGUCAAGGUCUACCUGAUUCUGAAACAGUGGAUAGAAUGACUUCAAGGUGCAAAAGAAUCAGACGAGCAAUCAAAGUACCACCAAUACUUGCUGUAUUUAGAAAAUCCAGAUAUCUACCCGACUGCAACGUUAUUUCAGAUGUUCAUGAGGCUAUUUCAAGAAGCACUAGUAACAUUCCAAACGGUAACGGUCAGACAAACAGUCGGGCAUCGAAUGAACAACAAAAUGGUCGUCAGUCUGCAGCCACCUUUCCCAGAGAGUUAAACUAUCCUCAUAUUGAAAUACGACACCAAGGACCCAGGACUUCGCCAGCCUUGCGCAGACAAAGAACAAAUUACAGUCAAAUUUACUUUAAUGACCGUGUUUCAGCUGUACCAGAAAGUAAUGAUGUUGAAGAAGACGGAGAGAGCGGUAACUAUGGACAGAUAUUUUUCCAAGCGGCGACGUUACCUCCACGUGCAGCGAAGUGAUCUCUGAAGCUGCUCAACUGAAUGGUGGAUUUUUCAAACUUGACAUUAGCAGAGUGCUAAAUGUUCCGCCAAUAACACAGACAACAUAGAUUGCAGUAUUUACAAUUUACCUUGAACAAAUGUACCAUACUUAUAAAUAACAUAUAUCUUAAUCAGUUUACUUAUUGAAGUAUGUAUACUUGUGUUUUUCACUCUUUGGUCGGGUUGUUGUCUCUUUGACACAAUUCCAAUUUCCAUUUUCAAUUGCAUUAUGUCUAUGAUAAUGAGAAAUGUAUGCAGUUUACGAAUUCAUUGUUAAAAUAUUUUUUUAUUUCCUCUAAACGAAAGUUAAACGAAUUAUGAUCAUGGGUAUUUGAAAUUCUUUAAAUAUAGAAUAUAAUAAGUGAACUUGUGACUUUUUUAAUGGUUACAUGUAGAAACAAUUUUAACCUAAACAAUUAAGUGUUUUUCUUUCUAAACUAGCACGUUCAUGUCGCUGUUUGAAUAAACAACCAAUCAGAAUUGACCCGUAGUGAGUGACUUCCUUUUUAGUAACUCAGAAGUUGUCUCACUCGGUGCUUUGCAUUUCUGCCAAAUUACAUUUAUUUGGGCCAAAAA